GAUGGCGGGUGAGAAGGCACCUGCUGAGAAGAAACCAGCCAAGAAGGCAGGUGAGAAGAAACCAGCAGAGCAGAAGCCAAGCCAGAAGGCAGCAGGGGACAAGAAGAAGAGGGUGAAGAAGUACCAUGCGAGCCGCAACCCCGUGCUGGCCCGGGGCAUUGGGAGGUACUCCCGCUCCGCCAUGUACGCCAGGAAGGCUCUGUACAAGCGCAAGUACACGGCUCCGGAGACCAAGAUAGAGAAGAAGAAGAAGGAAAAGCCACGUGCAACCAUCACCAAACCAGUGGGGGGAGACAAGAAUGGAGGCAGCCGGGUGGUGAAAAUCCGGAAAAUGCCCAGGUACUACCCCACCGAGGACGUCCCGCGGAAGCUGCUGAGCCACGGCAAGAAGCCGUUCUGCGAGCACAAGCGGCGGCUGAGAGCCUCCAUCACCCCUGGGACUGUGCUCAUCCUGCUCACCGGGCGCCACAGGGGCAAGCGGGUUGUCUUCCUGAAGCAGCUUGAUACUGGUCUUCUGCUUGUGACAGGCCCUCUGGUUGUCAACCGUGUCCCCCUGCGUAGGGCCCAUCAGAAGUUUGUCAUUGCCACAUCCACAAAGGUGGAUCUCACGGGAGUGAGAAUUCCCAAACAUCUCACCGACUCCUACUUCAAGAAGAAGAGGCUGAGGAAGCCCAAGCACCAGGAAGGAGAAAUCUUUGACACUGAAAAAGAAAAGUAUGAGCUGACGGAGCAGCGCAAGGCAGACCAGAAGGCAGUGGAUUCCCAGAUCCUGGCCCGGAUCAGGAAGGUGCCUCAGCUCCGUGGGUACCUGCGCUCCACGUUCUGUCUCUCCAACGGAGUCUAUCCCCACAAGUUGGUGUUCUAACUCUUCAGAAAGCACCACAUUAAAUUCCAAGGGAAAAA